UCUGCUCGCGACGAUGCGUCGCUGAAUUACCAAUAAAACAUGCAAAUCCACGUAUGAAUUCCGGUUAACGUGGUGUAACAGAGUGUAAGUGUGUUGAGCGCUAAUUGAACACAACCUCGCGUCGCACUUGUGACUGACUGUGGAGUAUUUGGUGAUGGAGUUGUUCUGUCACGAGCGCGCCGAUCUGAACUCGAGUUCCCCGGUGAAGAGCGCGCCGAUUCGGGCCUUCAGAGACGCGGUUCUAACCCGGGACACCCGAGUCCUACAGAACCUGCUGAGCCUGGAGAAGCCGAACAUCAGCGGAAAACACAUAGCCGGCGCCGAGAGCGAAGAGCUGCUGCGCAUGCGCAAGAUCCUCACCGGCUGGAUGCUGCAGGUGUGUGAGGAGCAGAAGUGCGAGGAGGAGGUGUUUCCUCUGGCCGUUCAUUACCUGGACAGGUACAUGUCCCAGAGUGCCGUGCGGCCGUGUCAUCUGCAGCUGCUGGGCUCCGUCUGCAUGUUUCUGGCCUCCAAACUGCGGGAGACUGUUCCUCUGAGCGCUGAAACACUGAGCAUCUACACUGACCACGCCUGCAGCGUCUCCGAGAUACUGCAGUGGGAGGUGCUGUUGGUGUCACAUCUCCAAUGGGAUCUGGCCUCAGUGCUGCCCUCUGACUUCCUGGAGCUGAUCCUGCAGGCGCUGCCCAUCCCUGCACAGGACCACAGCAGCGUGCGCAGACACACACACUGCUACAUCGCCCUCACGGCUACAGAGCUGAAGUUCUCGUUCUUCCGCCCGUCCGUCGUGGCCUGUUCCUGUGUGACGGCGGCGCUGCUUAGACUGAAGCUCCUGCAGGACACUGUUAGCGCCGAGCAGAUGCUGCAGAUGCUAAGCAACAUGCUGGAUAUGGACAAGGCGUCUCUGCAUGUGUGUUUCUCAGCGCUGGAGCAGAUGAUCGAGCAGACGCUGCCGGCUCCACCUGUGCAGACGCAGGACGUCCCGCUGUGAUGCGAACAGGUUUCAGAGCCCUCACACCUGCGCGAUCACGCUCGCCUUUCUGUUUGCGUUUGAGCAUGUUCACUUUAAUAUGGCAGAUGUUCUGCACCAGAGCAAAUGUUUACCCACAAACCUUUGUCCUGUCAAACACACACACACACACACACACAGACGGGAAUCAUUUAAACCCCCCGCUGAGAGAGGAGUGUACGUUACUGAUAGACUCUCCUGAAGAUCAACUGUGUGAACAAUAAUAAAGAGUCCAGAUGA